AUGAAAAUUCCAUGGUGCUAUGUUGGAAUGGUAUUUUCUAGCUUCUGCUGGCACAUCGAGGACCAUUGGAGCUAUGCUAUUAACUUUUUGCACUGGGGUGAGCCCAAGACCUGGUACGGCGUAUCCAGUCUUCAUGCCAAUGACUUUGAGCGUGCAAUGCGCAAGCAGGCUUCUGAGCUUUUUGAUCAAUCUCCAGAUCUCCUACAUCACAUUACUACCAUAAUGAAUCCUAAUAUUUUACAAGCUGAGGGCGUGCCGGUUUAUCGCACUGACCAGAAAUGUGGCGAAUUUGUGGUAGCAUUUCCACGAGCUUACCAUUCUGGAUUCAAUCAAGGUUUUAACUUUGCGGAAGCCGUCAACUUUUGCCUCCCUGAUUGGGUAAACUAUUUUUUUCUAAUUUUGAUGAAUAAAAAUGUAUACUUUAUCCGUUUCAGAUAUUUAAUUUCCUAA